AUGGCAGCUACGAUGCGCGGAUGGCAGUUCAAGUCGGCAUCCGGACCCAUGGAAAAGAACCUCUCCAUUCCUUCCCCAGGCCUCCCGAUACCCACCAUCAACAAAGACGAAGUGCUCGUCGAGAGCCACGCGACAGCGCUCAACCCUAUCGACCACAAGAUCCUCGAACUCGGUCUCAUCACGCGCCUGAUCUUUUCUGGGUUGACACCUGGCUUGGAUGUAUAUGGCCGCGUCGCGAAAGUUGGCAGUAACGUCACAAGCUUCCAGGAGGGCGAUAUCGUAUACGGUGGUCUUGUUCCGGGAGGCAAACAUGGCGCUCUAGCGGAAUACGUGCCUGUAUCGCAGAAUCUGCUGGCGAAAGUACCACAAGGCCUGAAGGGAGACGACAUGGCGUCUAUGGCGAGUACGGGCAUGACAGUAUACGCUGGACUGAAACCGUAUGCUAAACCCGGCAACAAAGUCUUCAUCAACGGUGGCUCUGGAGGAACUGGUGUCCCCGCUAUCCAGAUCGCCAAGAUACUCGGCUAUCAUGUUACAGUGUCAUGUUCAGCGGCGAACAUCGAGUUAGUCAAGAGUCUAGGAGCGGAUACAAUACUGGACUACACAACAACACCAAUCAUCGAACAACUGAAAGACACCGGCGCCAUGUUCGAUCUCAUCUUAGACAACGUGGGAGCACCGGCGAACCUAUACCGUGCUUCGAGCGCGUUUCUGCGACCAGAAGGGAAAUUUGUUCAGGUUGGCAUUGGCAUGAACCUGAGCGCCGCAAUUCAAUUCUUCGGCAACAAAUUGAGUAGCUUGUUGGGAUGGGGAAAGAGAGAGUACAUCUUCGUUGCCGCGAAUGCGAGUACCGCUGUGUUCGAGCAGCUCGCGACGUGGAUGGAACAAGGCAAACUUCGCGCAGUUAUUGACUCUACAUGGGAAUUCUCGGAGGUGCCGAAGGCGUACGAGAGGCUGAAGACUGGAAGGGCAAAGGGUAAGGUUGUUGUGCAUGUGAAGGACGAUUGA